UGUUCUGUUUAGGUUCCGAAUGGAGUAGAUACAUUAGGAGGACGCACAAUUUGUUCCUUGUUAGCAGUAAAGAUGGAAAAAAAAUUGGACAAGCCAUCUUGUUCCAGGCUGAGUGGACAAAUUAUAUCAUCCUGAAUGGCUACAAGAGUAUAAAGGAGACACUGGGUAAAAAACCUGAGAACUUUGUUGACCGACCAACAGUUCCACUGAUCUCACAAAUGCGCCUUGGAAAGAAGUGUGGAGGCAUAGUCUUUGCGAGAUGCUGUGAUGGCUGGAAGGAUCAGAGGAAAUUUCUUGUCUCCAUCCUGAAAACCCUUGCAGGGAGGAACAGAAUGGUUAAAGAGAAAAUAUCUGAAGAAGCUGAAUAUCUGUGCUAUGAGCUCAGAUCCAAAGAAGGUUCUUUCUUUGACCCGCGGAUCCUAACCGUCAGAGCUGUUAGCAAUGUUGUCUGCGUUCUAACAUUUGGUGAUCGCUUUGAAUACAAUGACAUGAAAUUCAUGAGACUAAUGAAUUUGAUUGAUCAGUUUACGAUGGGAAUAGUCAGCAUCCUGCCCCAGCUCUUGGCAGCAGGGAAAUGGCUGUUCUAUUUUCCGGGACCUCAUCGUAAAGUUCUGCAAUCCUAUGAAGAGCUGUGUGUAUUAAUAAGAGAGAUUGUGAAUGAGCACAGGAAAACCAGAGACCCCAACUUCCCGAGAGAUAUCAUUGAUGCGUAUCUGGAGGAGAUAGAAAAGGCUGAAGGGAAUCCAGACAGCAGCUUUACAGAAGAUAACCUCAUCAAUAUGGUUUUUGACCUGUUUGUGGCUGCCACUGAAACCACUGCUUCAGUUGUACUCUGGGGGCUUCUUAUCCUGGGCAAUUAUCCUGAUGUUCAGCGAAGAGUUCAUGAAGAAAUGGAUAAAGUGGUUGGCAGAGCAAAGUGUCCCAUGAUGGAGGACCAGCAGAACCUGCCUUAUACCAAUGCCGUGAUUCAUGAAAUGCAACGCUUUGCUGAUACUAUGCCUCUAAUGUUAACGAAACAGAACAGUGUGGAUUUUCCAGACCUCAUAGUCAGCGUUUUAGGCAUUCAGUGUGAAGAAAAGUACAUCUGA